UCGUUUGUCUUUUGUGCGAGAGAGUUGCGCGAAUGCAAGUUGUAAAAUUAGACCGUGAUUGUUUUGUUACGGGUCUUUCCUAUGUUGAUUUGCUCUCUUCCCAUCCAUCGCAACAGACCCUGGCCUGCAAGUAUUGGUGCAACAAGUUGCAUAGCGUCCUGGCUUGAUGAUGGGAGAAGAACCUGCGACGAGAGAGCCAGAGAUGUCUGACGCUGGCUCAGACGAGGAGUUGGAACUUCCCGCACGGAUGGAGGAGGGGAGUCACAACGGGAGUAUCAGAAAGGGUUGUGAUCCGUGUUCCCAGACCCAGCGCAGUAAGCUGCAGCACCGUAGGGCUCGUAUCAACCAGCAGAUCAACAAGGAGAUGAGGAUGAGGGCUGGGGCUGAAAACCUCUUCAGAGCCACCACUAACAACAAGGUAAAGGAGACUGUGGCUCUAGAGCUGAGCUUUGUCAACUCUAACCUGCAGCUACUGAAGGAAGAGCUAGAGGAACUCAACAGCAAUAUGGAGGUCUACCAGACCGAGAGUGAAGCCAUCAAUGUUCCCAUGAUCCCACUGGGUCUGAAGGAGACCAAGGAAGUGGACCUCACUGUCCCUCUCAAGGACGUUAUCUGUGAGCACUAUGGAGAGGACAGCUCUUUGUUUGAGAAGGAGAUCAAGGAGUUUAUGGGGCUCAGACAGGCCAUGCGUACCCCCAGUCGUAAUGAAGCAGGUUUGGAGCUUCUGAUGGAGUAUUAUAACCAGCUGUACUACCUGGACCAGAGGUUCUUCCCCCCACACAGAACACUAGGAGUCCACUUCCACUGGUAUGACUCUCUAACAGGUGUACCGUCGUGCCAGCGUGCGUUGGCGUUUGAGAAGGGCAGUGUGCUGUUCAACGUGGGGGCUCUCUACACACAGAUAGGAGCCAGACAGGACCGCUCUGCUACAGCUGGCAUAGACCGGGCUAUAGACGCCUUCCAGAGAGCUGCAGGUGCGUUUAACUACCUGAAGGAGAACUUCUCCAACGCUCCCAGUCUGGAUAUGAGUGGCCCGUCACUAUGCAUGCUGGUCCGCCUGAUGAUUGCCCAGGUGCAGGAGUGUGUGUUCGAAAGAGUCACACUCACAACUCCGGACACGCACUUCGUCACCCAGCUACAAGUGGCAAAGGAGGCCGCACGGGUAUCUGAUGUGUAUAGCUUGGUACUCCAGACCAUGUCUCAGACCCUUGUGAAGGACUAUGUCCCGUUCUCCUGGGCCUCCAUGGUUCAAGUGAAAGCAGAACACUUUAGAGCCCUCUCUCACUACAAUGCUGCUGUCGCUCUCUGUGACCACACCCAGUCCAUUGAGGAAGGGGGUGACGAAGAGUCAGCGACGGCUCUGUUCCAGUUCCAUGUCAGUACUCCUGCUGGACCCCCACUCAGUCAGGUGCUCAGAGACCCUGAGGACAGACGCAAACUGGGGAAGGCCCACCUGCGUUGUGCAGUGAUCAGACAUGAGGAGGCUAUGAGAGUACAUGGUCUAUGUAAGAUCCUGAGGAAGAUGGAUAUUCUACAGGAGGUGCUCUCUUUCAUGUACAAACGCUCCCUUGACAAAUACUCUGAGAUGGACCGAGAGGACGACUUUGACGAGACCGCAGAGGCCCCCGAGAUACACUCUCAAACCCAGCACAAACCAGACAUCACACCACCCAACUUCUCCACUGUCCCAGUCACUGACAUCUUCCAAAGGCUGGGUCCCCUGUCAGUGUUCUGUGCGAGGGCACGCUGGGGGCCGGUGCGUGUGGUGAGUCUCCAGCGAGGGGACGGGGGUUUGGGGCUGACUCUUAGAGGAGACUCUCCUGUCCUUGUGGCUGGGGUGGUGCCGGGGGGAUGUGCCCAGGAGGCAGGUUUGAGGGAGGGGGACUAUAUAGUGGCGGUGGAUGGAGAGGACUUUAAGUGGGCUAAACAUGGAGAGGUGGUCCACAUCCUGAAGAGCUGCAGCGACAGAGGCAUACAACUCAGCAUCAUCACACUGCACACACACCAUACACAGGUGGAUAGGAGGCAAGUGAUGCUCUCCCCCAGUGGAGACGAAGCAAACGCUCUGCAACGGACCAUGGGCAGAGCUAAGGGGCAGAGCACCGCCCCUUACUCAACUGGAACAGGAAGAAGAAUGGGAGGAGGCAGAGCCACAAGAGACUGGGCAGCACCUUCAGUCUGCCGUUUGGAAACCUUCGGGACAGUGAGUCCAUGUACUGAGAUGUAUACAGAGGGACUGUGAGUCCAUGUACUGAGAUGUAACAGAGGGACUGUGAGUCCAUGUACUGAGAUGAUACAGAGGGACUGUGAGUCCAUGUACUGAGAUGUAUACAGAGGGACAGUGGAGUCCAUGUACUGAGAUGUAUACAGAGGGACUGUGAGUCCAUGUACUGAGGGCACAACAAACAUGUUAGUCUAUUCCAUACAGUGCACUACCAGCCAAUAGUAGUGCACUAGAGAAUAGGGUGUCAUUUCAGACAGUGCCAUAGAUAGACAAACCACUCAGGGAAUGACAGGUGGACAUGUUACAAUACAAGGAUGUGUUGUAAAUGACUGGAUAUUGAAUGUGUUAUUGCAGCAAGGAGAGGAAGAGGAGGAUCGUAGGAAAGGAUGCUUGGUCCAGAUUACAGCAACUGCAGAGAAAGUUUUAGAAAGCAGGUGACUGCAUGCAUCUGUCGCUGAGGGAGUUAAGACAAUGUAAAUGAUGUCCCAAAAUAGGCUAAAUGUUGGGGCCCAGUGUUAUUGUAGCUUACUAUUUUAGAGAUGGAAGAAGACUUAAUGUCAAACUACAGCCGCUGAUCCAAAGACCACAUGUCUUAAUCAGUGAAAAUAUAGGUGUAUAAACACUGAUCGCCUUUCGUGGAGAAUAAUAAUGCUUCGUAUACUUUCAAUGCAUUUUUUCUGCAAAAGCUGGGUAAAUGCUCCCGUAAAAAAAGGUGCACAAACAGCUUUUACAUUUUUUGCGUUUACCCUCCACUACACCACUGGUCUUAAUGUUAAAAACAUGUUUUACUGUAUCCCAGAGUCCUGCUUUUCCACUCCAGUUCUAACGAGGUCACUCCACUCUCAACAGUAAAAACGAGGACAUCCAUUCAGGACCUGAGUUUAGCCCUCACUUCCUCAAGUUAAAGCAUUGUGCAGCAGAGAAUGUAUAGCUGUAGCCAUAGCACUGCAUUCCAUUCUCCUACCAGUGUUCUAGAGUUGUUGAUGUAAAGUCCUUUGGUUCUGUUUGAUAGUUGAGGACAAAUGACUACCUUCAAAGUAUUUCAAUGGUUAUACACUGAGUGGACAAAACAUUAGAAACACCUGCUUUUUCCAUGAGACUGACCAGGUGAAAGUGAUGAUCAC